CAAAAUGGUUCCAAUUGUCAAAGGAUCGGAAGGACAAAAGCCAACAAAUGUUGCCGUUCCACGAAAAUAUCCUCCUCUGUCGAGGCCUCUCUUGAGCGUACGUCCUCUUGUAUUGGCGACACAUCUAGUGCCUUCAUUGCCGAUUGGCUUGUUUGAAGUACUCGUAGAAGCGAUCGAAGUCGCGACUGAAAAACCGGUUGUACUGAUAUACGAACCCAGAAGCGAUAGACCAGUUGCAAAGGAUAUCGUUGAUAUCGCUAUCUUGCCAGCAAGUGAAGAAUGGGAAGACGGUGAACUUCUACCCGCAAGUUUUUGUUUCAAACAUCAUUUGAAUAAAAAUAAUUCACCAUGUGUUUACGCCGACUUGAUUGUGGCAACAGAUCGUGCUCCACAUGUAGAAGACAUUAUGGAUCUUCGUGGUUAUCGAUGUUCCCUGCCGGACCGGAAGAAACAAAUCGGAACAGCAGCCUUGAUAUUUAAUUAUUUAUACACUAGAGGCGAAAAUCCAGCCUUCUUUGGCAACACUCUUGAUGUUGACACACAAGUUGCUGCUCUGCAAAUGGUGGCAGGAAAACAAGCAGAAGUUGGAAUUGUCGAAUCGCCCAUUAUUAAGUGCCACAAAAAUGUACUACCAGGAAUUGAGUCAGUUCAAAUUUUAACAAGUUUGGGACCUUUACCACCGUAUCGCAUCAUGGUGAAAAAAACACAUUCUGGUGACCUAACAAAGCAAAUCGCAACUUAUCUAUUAAAUAUAGAUCAAAACAAAGAAUGGGUUGACAAGUUCGCUCCUUUUGGUGUUAUAAGCUUUGCAAAGAAUUCUAUGACAUUUUAUGAUCAAACUGAUGUAAAAUCUGUAGCUACUAGCGUACCAUACUACUGAGAUUUAUUCGACUAUAUUAUGUAUUAGAUAUACACAAUCGUAUCAUUCCUUUUUUUUUACAUCUCUUUACUUAUUAUAUUUU